GGAGAGAAAAAGAGAGAGAGAGACAGAGACAGAGAGAGAGACAGAGAGAGCGAGAGAAAGAGAUAUGUGUAUGUGGAGGGUCUUUAGUAAAUAUUCAUAAUUUUUCUUAAAGCGUAAUAAAUUGUUUCCAGCAGCACAGUUACAGUCACCAACGCUCUGGUUAACAUGAAGACUGCCUAACCAGCUCUACUAGGACCGCCACCCAUCCUUCCUCCAACCGGACAAUAUUUAUUGAACAUUUGAGCCCCAUGGACAUAACCACUGAAGAGCAUCCUUGACUCUCAGCGAAACUACGAGUAUAUCGAUCUUGUGAAACCACUUGACCAUGGACUCCCCAAUGUGCCUCAUUAACAACGCCGACGGAGAGCUUUGCGUAGAACCAGAGGCCAUCGACUACCUGAUGGGACUGAAACAGAAAGUCGUAGUUGUGGCGGUGGUCGGGCUGUAUCGCACCGGMAAGUCCUACCUCAUGAACAAGCUGGCUCAGAAGAGAAGUGGUUUUGCCCUUGGAGCCACCAUCCAGUCCAAGACUAAGGGUAUCUGGAUGUGGUGUGUCCCUCAUCCUGAAAAAACAGACCACACCCUGGUGCUGCUGGAUACAGAGGGRCUGGGGGACGUGGARAAGGGGGAUUCUAAGAAUGAUGCCUGGAUCUUCUCUCUGGCCAUUCUGUUAAGCAGUACUCUGGUCUACAACAGUCUAGGGACCAUCGACAAUGAUGCUGUGGAGAAGCUUCAAUAUGUGAACGAGCUGACAGAGAUGAUCAAGGUGAAGUCUUCCACUGACGAUGAGGAGGAAGGAGAGGGCACCCAGUUUAUGCAGUUCUUUCCUAAUUUUGUGUGGACCGUCAGAGAUUUCACUCUACAGCUCGAGAUCGACGGCAGAGAAAUUACUCCAGACCAGUAUCUGGAGAAUUCCCUGCAACUCAAGAAAGGUACUGGUAAAAAGGUCAGUGACUACAACGUCCCGCGAGAGUGCAUCCGGAACUACUUCCCCUCACGCAAGUGUUUUGUGUUCCCCUCCCCUACAACUCCUGACAACAUGCACCGACUGGACUCCAUGGACAAUGCUGAGCUUUCUGAAAGCUUCAGAGAGGUCGCAGAUACUUUCUGCCGCUUCAUUUUCCAGGAGAGCCGUACGAAGACUGUUAUAGGGGGACACACAUUGACCGGAGAGAUGCUGGGCCACCUGGUCACCACCUAUGUGGAGACCAUAGCCAAAGGCAAUGUGCCUUGUCUGGAGAAUGCAGUGCUGGCCAUGGCUAAAAUUGAGAACCAGGCUGCUGUGGAUGAGGGCCUGGCRGUGUACCAGAAGGGAAUGGAGAAUGUGAAGGCCUUAUUCCCGGUGGACAUCAAUCAGCUGUCAGAGAACCAGCUUUGCUCAGAGGCCCAGGCCAGACAGGCGUUUAUGAAGCGAUCCUUCAAAGACAAAAAUGGGGAAUUCUUGAAAGCUCUUGCGGAGGCCAUUGGCAACCACAACGUCAACCUUUUCAAACAAAACAAGGAUGCCUCUGAGAAGAAGUGCAAUACCCUUCUAGAGAAUCUUUCUGCUCUGAUGGAUCAGGGGAUGAAGGAGGGGACGUACGCCACACCAGGAGGCUAUGAGCUUUACUGCAAUCACCAUGACAACAUAGUGGCACAGUACCGGGCCGAGCCUAACAAAGGAGUCAGUGCUGAGGAGGUUCUGGAGCAGUUCCUGAAGAGAAAGAGUGUAGAGUCCAACUCCAUCCUGCAAGCUGACAAACAACUGACUGAAAAAGAGAAGGAAAUCCAAGCUGAGAAGAUGAAAACAGCUGAGCUGGAGCAAGAGAAGGCAGCAUUCAAGGAGCAACAGGCAGAGAUGGAGCGCAAAAUUCAAAACAAUCGCAUUAGCCAGGAGAAGUACUUGAAGGAGAUGGAAGAGAAGAUGGAGAAGGAGAAGAAGCAACAGCAGCAGGAGUUCUACAGGACCCUGGACCACAGGAUGCAGGAGCAGAAAGAUCUUCUGGAGAAGGGCCAUAAGGAGAAGGCUGAGCUGAUGAGGCAAGAUAUCGAGGAGAUGAAGAAGAAUAAUCAAUUGGAAAUGGAAGCCAUUAUCAAGAAACAAAAUGAUCUGCUGGAUGACUACAAGCAGCAGGCUGUGGAACAGAACAAGAAACAAAAGGAUCUGCUGGAUGAAUGUAAUAGGUUGAAACACUCAAAAGCUGAACAACAAGACUCUUGUACACUCUUGUGAUCCACUCCACUCCACUUUGAAUGCCCGACUAUGAAAAGCCAAUUGAUAUUGAAUCUUGAACCGUUGAAGUAUUUGUCCUCUAUAGCCAUCAUUGUUUUUAUCUCUCCCUGCUGGUUAUCUAUGGAAGUUUGAACGUCUUUAAAAUCUAUCUGGCGUUAAUGGCCACAUGAGCCUGGUUCCUCUCUAGGUUUCUUCCUAGGUUUCUGCCUUCUAGGGAGUUUUUCCUAGCCACUGGGCUUCUGCCUCUGCAUUGCUUGCUCUUUGGGGGUUUAGGCUGGGUAUCUGUAAAGCACUUUGUGACAACUGUUAAUGUAAAAGGUCUUUAUGAAAUAAAUGGUAUUGAUUGA